AUGUUAGCUGACUUCCACUGCAAUGCUUUAGAACAACAGAUUCAGCAUCAAUCAAAAUCCAUGGCCAGCUAUCUCAAGAUAAGCCCCAUUACCAGCCAAGACAGAGCCCCCGCCAAACACAUCAAGAGAAAUACAAGCGGCCUCUUUACGAAUCACUACACGGAGACGCACUAUGGAGAGGAUGGAGACGCCGUCACCAACGCACACGCGUCCACGCGGUGGCUAUGCAGACAACAACACCCACCUCCUCUAUCGCCUGGAGGACCUCGAUCUCACGCCCGGCACCUGCGGACAUGGGUUCAACGUGUCAUCUCCCGCACCUCAAGACGGCAUGGGAAACCCCUUUCAUUCGUUCAGCACACGGCACAAGAGACAUGCCCAGAAAACCACCAAAUACGUGGAGCUGGUCAUCGUUGCGGACAACCGAGAGUUCCAGAAACAGGGAAGGAUGUGGAGAGAGUGAAGCAGAGACUGGCGGAGAUAGCAAAUUAUGUGGACAAGUUCUACAGGCCCCUGAACAUCCGGGUGGCCCUGGUGGGCCUGGAGGUGUGGAGCGACGCCGAUAAGUGUGCCGUGUCUCAGGAUCCCUUCUCCACGCUCCACGAGUUCCUGGACUGGAGGAAAGCCAAGCUCCUCCCCCAGAAACCUCACGACAACGCCCAGCUCAUCAGUGGCGUCUACUUCCAGGGUACAACGAGAAUGGCACCUAUAAUGAGCUAUAGUGCAACAGUGGACCAAUCGGGUGGCGUCGUCAUGGACCACUCAGAGAACCCUCUGGGUGCCGCCGUGACCCUGGCCCACGAGCUGGGUCACAACUUUGGGAUGAACCACGACACGCCAGAGCGGGGGUGUGGCUGCAGGAUGACCGUGGACCGGGGAGGCUGCAUCAUGACCCCCUCUACAGGGUAUCCCUUCCCCACGGUGUUCAGCAGCUGCAGUAAGAAGGACCUGGCGGCCAGCCUGGAGAAGGGCGUGGGCAUGUGUCUCUACAACAUGCCCGAGGUCAAGGUGCUCUACGGGGGGCAGAAGUGUGGCAACGGCUACGUGGAGGAGGGAGAGGAGUGCGACUGCGGGGAGCCCGAGGAAUGCAUGAACCCGUGCUGUAACGCUACAAUGUGCACUCUGAAGGGAGACUCAGUGUGCGCGCACGGACAGUGCUGUGAAGACUGCAUGCUGAAGCUAGCGGGCACGCCGUGCCGCGAGGCGGGGAACUCGUGCGACCUGCCCGAGUUCUGCACGGGCACCACCCCCCACUGCCCGGCCAACGUGUACCUGCACGACGGCCACGCCUGCACCAGCGUGGACGGCUACUGCUACAACGGCAUCUGCCAGACCCACGAGCAGCAGUGCAUCACUCUGUGGGGACCCGGAGCCACCCCUGCCCCGGGGAUCUGCUUUGAGAGGGUGAACUCUGCGGGGGACCCCUACGGGAACUGUGGGAAAGAUUCCAAGGGCUCCUUCGCCAAAUGUGAGGCGAGGGACGCAAAGUGUGGUAAAAUCCAGUGCCAGGGAGGGGCCAAUCGCCCCGUCAUUGGAACGAAUGCCGUUUCCAUAGAAACCAACAUCCCCCUGCAGGAAGGGGGUCGCAUUCUGUGUCGGGGGACCCACGUGUACCUCGGGGAUGACAUGCCGGACCCCGGACUGGUUCUAUCCGGUACCAAGUGUGGCGAGGGAAUGAUGUGCCUGAACCGCCAGUGCCAGAACGUCAGUGAGUUUGGCGUUCAUGAAUGUUCUGGAAAGUGCAGCGGCCGUGGGGUGUGCAACAACAAGAAGAACUGCCACUGUGAGUCCCAUUGGGCGCCCCCUCUCUGCCAGGGUUCAGGCUUCGGGGGCAGCCUCGACAGCGGGCCCAUGAGAGUGGCAGCGGACAGUGUGUCGGUUACCGUGGCGAUCCUGGUGCUCCUGGCCAUCCUGUUAGGUCUCACCCUGGUGGUGUUCCUCAAGAGGAAGUCAGUGCUGCACUUCCUGUUCGCCAAGAAGAACAACAGCAUGUGGAAGCUCAGAUCUAUUGAGGCGAGCAGACCCAACAGUCCCACAAAGACCCAGUCCAUGUUCAGAUUGUCCCCACAGCGCAAGUCCCCAAUCAGGUCCUCUGGAAACCACAACAUAUACAAGCCCUCUCUCCUGAGUUCAGAGCCCCUGCUGCCCCCCUGCAACCUCCAGUCCCAGAGCCUGCGGCGCCUCCCGGUCUACCAGCCGCUGCACAUCAGCCACCCCAUGCCCGUGUCCCUGAGCGUGGGCCGGUCCAGCCAGCCCACCCUGCCUCCCCUCCCAGCCCACCACAGGCUGAGGCCGACCCACCCUGCCUCCCACCUGCCCCUGCAGUUGGCCGCCGGCACCACGCCCUUCCACAGCCUGCCUCGCCAGCCCACCUCCUACAUACUGGACCAGGACCCAGAGAAGCCCCGCCCGCCCCAGAAGCCGCUGCCUGCUGACCCGCUGGGCCGGAGAUGUCGGCCGAGCUUCCACGCCCACGGGGGCGUACCCCUCCCCAUCCCCAUCCCCACCGUGCCCAGACCCCCACCCAGCAUCCCCCUUCCCAGCAUCCCCCUCCCCAACAGGCACUCCCCUCCGUUACCCCGCAUCCCCCCCAAAGCCCACAAGGUCUACCGCAGUGACGCCAUCUCGUUGGAGUAG